AAGUCGUUUUUCAUUCAACAGUCUAUCUUGUAGACACUGGUGAGGAAGCUACAUACUUUAACUAGUGUGUCAUGGCAGUGGCUAUAAUGUUUCAGUAAAUAUUUCGUUUCCCAUUCGAGAUGACGGGAGGCUACAUACUCCCUAAAAUUUUAGACGCAGCAGAAUGAUAAGCAUACUAUUCCGUACAAAAUGAAAAGCAUUCGUCGAAAUAUCAGAUUUUCAGAAGCCUUUGCAACCACGUCUGUAGUUUGCAGUUAAGUUCAUUGUGUUUUAAACUGAAACACUUGCUCAUUUACCGUCUCGUAUAUUACAACUUACGUAAAAUGGUACUUAGAAGCGAAACGUUAUCACACGAACAUAAUAGUUUAAAUGCAGUAAAUUUCAAUAUAUCAUGCUCUCUUUUAGUUUUAUCCCGUGGAAGAUCAUUAUGAAAUAUGAAGCAUCAUCUGUGCUUUGCAAAGGAAGUUUUUACUUUGACGUGUUGUGAAAGCUGCACGUGUUUACUGCAAUACCGGUAUCUUACAAAGAGUGAAAGUUUAGCUCUGUACUAAGUUUUUAGACGUCGACAAACUACUAUUGAAAAGUAGUAGGCAAUUUGAAUUAAGUCUUUCAUGAGAUUUUAAUAUAGUAUUGGAAUUCCUGGGCGCAAUAUCUUGCCACUAUCAAUAUAGAUAACACCUCGACUCCAGGAGGGAGGAGGAUUAACUGUCAGUGUACGCAGUCAAGUUUUCACGGAAUCCUCGCCACGUUCCUCUGUGGCCGGAGCGAAGCAGCGGGCAGACCUCACUGCCGGACGACGACGUCACCUACAGGAGCCGUAGGACGUAGCGUCUCGGCGUAGUCUCGGCCGAGCGGAGCAUGGAAACGGAGGCGGCAGCGGCCUCCGGCAGCUCGGCCGCCGCGGGGCCGUCGGCAGGCACCUCCGGCACGCGGGUCCCGACAUCGAUGCCGCCGUUCGACGUCCCGCCAGCGGGCGGGCCGGCGCGGAACCCGCCGCCGGGCCCCGAGGAGCCGGGAGCGGCGCCGCACGCGCGGACGCGGCUGCACGACAUCGUGAAGGAGCUGGACCCGAACGAGCGGCUAUCGGACGAGGUGGAGGAUGUGCUGCUGGAGUUGGCGGACGACUUCGUGGAGGCGACGGUGCGGGCGGCGUGCCUGUCGGCGCGCCACCGCCGCUCCGCCGUCGUGGAGGCCCGCGACGUGCAGCUGCACCUGGAGCGCCACUGGAACAUGUGGCUCCCGGGGUUCGGCACCGAGGAGGUGCAGCCGUACGCUCCGGCUGCCGAGGGGGAGGCCCACCGCCGCCGCAUGGAGCUCGUGCGCGAGGCCGUCGGCAAGUAACGGCGGACGCGUCCGGGGAGGUGACUGUCGAAAUUGUACUGGGAGGGAGCUGGCUUUCAUUUCAUUUACAGUCGACACUGAAAACGGCGGAGAGGUGUUCGGUGCGGUAUUGCAGUUCAGAGUGUGACGACAUUUGAGGAAGAGUGGUACGUUAGGAGCUGGUAGUGUGCCCCCUACCCCCUCCCCAUCCUUCCACUGCGAGAGGACAUAAGUUUGUAGACUAUAAGAAAUUGACUCAAGUACGUACACAGUGCCGUCUAUUAGUGAAAUGAGCCUACUGUCAUGCGAUAUUGGACACAAUUUUUUGCUUCAAAUUCUUCGUUUGAGAAAACUGUAAACUUUUGACAAGACGUAACAGCUAGGUGUUACUCGAGUUGGCGAGGAGAAAUUCGGAGUGCUGCCGGUAGGUGUGUCGAAAAGUGAAGGAAAUGACUAUCUAGUUCUUGGAACUUCGAUACUGUGGGCAGAGGUAGGUUGCUAGUUAACGUAAAGAAGAUAAGUUAAGUUCCAGACAGAUACAAUUAAAAGGCACUCACGUAUAACUUUCAGCCGCGGCCUCGAUCGGCAGAAGAGAAAGGCGGACCGUUCGUAACGCUGGCGAGCACACCUAGUGCAUGUGUGACCGCGAACUCUGGCAGCUCUGACCGAGGUAUCGGAGCUGGCAGCCGUGUGUGCACGAAGUAAACUGCCUCGUGUGUGCGGACGGGAUACGUCUGUCUUCUGUUGAGGCAGUGGCUGAAAGCUUUAUGUAAGUGUAUUUUAAUUGCGACUUGACACAUCUUCUUUACAGUAAAUAGCACUCUGUCUUUUCCUACACUGUCAAUAUUCCUCCCCGGAGUUUAGUUCUAGGAACUGUUCGAUAAUUCGUCACGGGGGAUAGGUUUCGGAAUUACGACGACAGAGGCGUACCCGUCACGAGGAUGGGGGAGACGGGUGGUGGAGGUGGUACGUAACAUUGUCGUUCAUGCUUGUUACACGUUUCGGUCACCAGUAACCGGAAUUUCCCGCCACGAUUUGUGUGCCGGUCACCCGUACCGUCUUUCGGUGGCUGUACGAGUGUACGGUUUAGCUACUAGCUGUAACUUCCUUUCAAGUGGAGGACCUCGGUGACAUCACAAAAUUUUACCAGUCCCUGUGCUGUUAGCGUGUAGAGAAAUCAUAGACUGGAAGUUUUGUGCAUACACUUUAUUUCUCUUUUAUGUGGGACAAAUUUUGGUCUCUCUGCUGAAAUCCUAGAAACAUUUAUCAGUGGUAGCUUUUGUGAUAUAUUUAUUGUCCUGUGUAAUUUUUGUGUGUGUUCGUAAGAUGUACACGACUUGUAAUUGCUUAACAGGCAUACUGUUUUAAAACACUGAAAAACAUUUGGAGGACGGUUUCAGUAAAAUAUGUUUGACAUUCUGGUCAAAUACAAAUAAUAAGGUAAUAAUUGUCGUCGGAGUGUUGUGUUAUAUUUCUGAAUUUUCAUAUUUCUUCCAAAGUUAAAAUUUUUUAAAAAAGUUAUGAGAUGCAGCAGUUGCUACCUAAUUGAAAUACAGUGUUUCCAUAAACUGUC